AUGGAUUCUAAAUCAAAAACCACCUUCAAUUACAUUUUGUUCCUCUACCGUGAAGAAUUACGCCGCACUGAAUCUCGUUUCAUACGUUUGACUAAAACCAAAAUUUCUCUUACCGAUAAAUUAAUUUCCAAAAGCGUGCGUAAGUUGGAAAAAUGUUCAAUCGAAGAUUUGAAAGCAAUCAACAGUGAAAUUGAGUUCAAAAAGCAAUUGAAAAAUGACAUCAAACGUAGCAGGGAAUUGGAGAAGCUGGGCUUGAAAAAUGUCAAUCCAAAUAAACUACCAUCAACGGAUCUGUGA